CCCCCUUCUCUUCUUCGUUCCUCUCCUCUCCCUCUCUCUCUCUCUCUCUGUCUCUAGUUCUGUAACUCUCUUUACAAGAACCUCUGAUAAAUCCUUCUCUCUUUGUGAUCAGAAAUGGCAGCCAACGGUGAGAAAGGCCUGAUCGUCAGCUUCGGUGAGAUGCUCAUCGACUUCGUGCCCACAGUCUCCGGCGUGUCCCUCGCCGAGGCUCCGGGUUUCCUCAAAGCCCCCGGCGGAGCCCCAGCCAACGUCGCAAUCGCCGUGGCUCGGCUCGGCGGGAAAGCCGCCUUUGUCGGAAAACUCGGCGAUGAUGAGUUCGGCCACAUGCUCGCCGGGAUCCUCAAGGAAAACGGCGUCGUCGCCGACGGCGUUAACUUCGAUAAGGGAGCAAGAACUGCACUCGCCUUUGUCACCUUACGCGCCGACGGAGAGCGUGAAUUCAUGUUCUACAGGAAUCCUAGCGCCGAUAUGCUCUUGACGCCUGACGAGCUCAACCUUGAACUGAUCAGAUCUGUACAAAUUCUUAGAAUAUAA